AUGGUCACUAGUUAUUUACAACUGGGAGAUCGGCUUUCUCAAAUAUGGCUAAACAAAUAUACCUUAUGUGUGACUCUGGUGAUAGCGAAAUUGACAAUUUCUAUAACGUCACUCCAAAACCAAGUCACAAAUACCCAACAGCUUUUGGAGGCCGGCAUUAAAACUCUCGAGUUGAAUUUUGUACAUUCAGUGCAAAUGACACCGUUUUACCUGAAUGAACUAGGCAAUUUUCUUAUCAAGGAAUCAGUAGAAGGGGCCCUGGAUGGGAGCUUAAAGCUGGCAUCGCUGCUGAUUUCAGCGGCGGAGAAUGUCGCUAAAUUUAUGUUUGAUUUCUAUUUCGGCACUUACAUUUGUCUGGCCACGAGUGCCGUAGAUGGCGCUGUAGACGUCGCGACGAAUACUACCGAAAAACUGAUCGAUUUUGUCAACGGAUCGCUGAGUACAGUUUCCAAGGAUCUUAGCGAGGGAGUUGAUGAGCUGUCAGAUAUCGUAAACAAGAUUAUAAAAGCCGUUGCAAAAAUCGAGAGUCUUGUCACCGGUGACAAGGGCAGCGCAGAUGCGCAAUUCAAAUCUGUUGAGCUUUCCAUCGGAAAGCUUCAGAACUUGACAAUCCCAUCUUCAAUUGAUUCGAAACUGGAAGCACUGUCUCAGAAUACACCAAACUUUGACACCGUUAUGAAUCGUACUCAAAGCGAAAUUGCGAAGCCGUUUGAAUUGGCACGCAGCAAAAUAGCUUCUUUGAAUGUGUCAUCCCUUGUCCCAAGAGAUGCGUUGCCUGCUGCCCAAACUCCUCAAAAUGUUAGCAAUCCUUUCCCAGCUCUUUCUUCAGAACUCAAAGACUUGUGCAUCGCGCUCAACAAAAGUUUAAACAUAACGCUCAUUGUAAUAACUGCAAUUCUCGCGUUGGUUGCUUUGGCGGCUAUGAUACCCAUUGCAUUUUCAGAAAUGCGACAGUGGUUCCGCCUGCAGCAGCUGAAGGCUCGAAUAGACGCGCAACGUCUUUGCAGUGAAAAACAUUCUUCGGAUCCGCCGCUAGACGCUAUCGAAUGUUAUCAAAGGGUGUACCACAAGUGGCCUGUGCUUCUCGGGGAAUAUAUAUCGCGAAAGCUAAGCCUCCAGGAUGGCACUCAAAAGCGCAUACAGUGGUGCUUUGCUUACGCUCUUUCGCCUUACUGUAUGACAAUUCUGCUUAUUGGGCUGUGCGGGAUCUUUGUUGCCAUAAGCGAAUUAGCGAUUGUCUCAGUUGCGUCGAGAACUCUGCGCAGCAAAGCGUCAAGCGCAGAAAUAGCCAAUAUCGCAUCCUGUAUGGACGGCAUCCUGACCACUUCCCUCCAAGAAUGGGCUCUCUCUGCCAACAACUACUUGAAUACGACACAACAGUCCAUAAAUUCAGAGGUAUUCGGCUGGCUUUACAACGCCAGCAGUGCACUAAAUGAGACCGCUGCUAUUGCGCUUUCCGACAUUGACUCUGCCGUAGCGGAUGCGUUCAACGGCACGCUACUUUACAAGCCAAUCUCAGGGAUCGUCAAAUGCACAAUUGACAAAAAACUGGAAAAAAUACAAAAAGCGGCUGUCUGGGUCAACACCAAUGCCAAAUUAUCAUUCCCACCCCUAGACGCUGUAUCAUUGUCUAAAGUGUUUCAAUCCGCCUCCAAUAUAUCCAAUUCAACAGGGUUCUCAGACACCACCACAAGUUCCAUCCACCUAGGUAGCCAGGCUCGAAAAAGUCUCCAAAAGAUCUUGAACCAGUUCAAACAGAUAGCUAUUACUGAGCUUAUCAUCUCAUCGGCUAUUUUGGCAAUUUGGAUCGGUCAGUGCCUAAUCUCUGUUGCCAUUGGUUUCUGGAUUAAAUAA